UAUUCACACCUACAUGGACGCAACUCAGAUUCGACCGGACAAUCUAGACCUUAAACCAUCAACAUCAUUGAGCCUGGAGUAUAAAUUACAUUCGGUUUCUUUCGAGUCGCCCAUCUUUUUGUCACUUCCGCAUCUUAGAACCACCACACCGGAGCAAUGUUUCGCAAAAACCCCCCGCCAAAAUCCGAGGUCAAGAACGCCUCGGACCCCGUCCUCAUCGUCGGCGGCGGCCUAGCCGGCCUCGUCGCCGCAUUUGAACUAUCCCGCCGCAAUAUUCGAACCAUUAUCCUGGACCAAGAAAAUGCAGACAACCUCGGCGGGCAAGCCUUCUGGUCACUAGGCGGCAUCUUCUGCGUCAACUCAGCCGACCAGCGCAAGUUCGGCAUCAUGGACUCGCGCGAGCAAGCUAUGUCUGACUGGAUGAACUCAGCGCGCUUCGACCGCGACCGCGAUGACCAUUGGCCGCGGCAGUGGGCUGAGGCGUUUGUCAAUUUCGCUACGGAUGGGAUGGAGAAGUAUGUGAAGGAUCGGGGCAUGUCGUUUUUGCAGGUGGGCUGGGCAGAACGCGGGGAUGGCCGAGCUGGGGGACAUGGGAACUCAGUGCCCCGCUUUCAUUUGACUUGGGGUACCGGGCCCGAGGUGGUGAGAGUUUUUGCUGAGCCGGUGAAGAAGGCGGCUGAGGAGGGAAUAGUAGAGUUUAGGUUUCGGCAUCGGGUUGAUGAGAUUAUCAAGGAUGCGAGUGGUAGGGCGAUUGGGGUCAGCGGCAAGGUGUUGGAAUCUAGUGAUGGAGUGGCGAGGGGAGUCAAGUCAUCGAGGACCGAGGUGGAAGCUUUCACCAUCUACGGCACGUCCGUUCUGAUAUCCUCUGGCGGUAUCGGCGGAGACGUCGAGAAGGUCAAGAAGGCUUGGCCGCUUGACCGACUGGGGCCCAAAGUGCCUGAGAACUUCGUCGUCGGUGUUCCAGCGCAUGUUGACGGCCGCAUGAUUGAGAUUGCGCAGAAUUCAGGCGCCAAUGUCGUCAAUGCCGAUCGCAUGUGGCACUACACCGAAGGUCUCGCCAAUUGGAAUGCCAUUUGGCCCAACCACGGUAUCCGUGUUCUGCCCGGUCCAUCAUCCCUCUGGCUCGACGCCACUGGCAAGCGACUCCCAGCGCCCUGCUUCCCCGGAGCCGAUACCCUCGGAACCCUGAAACACAUAUGUUCAACCGGCUACGACUACACCUGGUUCGUGUUAGACCGUUCUAUCAUCGCCCGCGAAUUUGCCCUCUCGGGUUCGGAGCAGAACCCCGAUAUCACGGGGAAAAGCUACAUUGGUCUGCUGAAGCGCCUAUUCAGCCCUAACGGCACCGUCCCCGUGCAGAACUUUAUGAAGCACGGCCGCGACUUUGUCGUCCGCGACACCCUCGAGGACCUUGUCGUGGGAAUGAAUGAGCUGGCUGCCACCGUUCACGGACCAGAGAUCAGAUACGACGAGAUACGGAAGCAGAUCGACGAUCUGAAUUUGCAAUUGCGCAAUUCGUACGCUAAAGAUGCCCAAGUCAUGCUCAUUCAUAAUGCGAGGAACUACACGCCUGACAAGUGGGGUCGCGUGGCCAAGAAUCAUAAUUUGAUGGAUCCGAAGCAUGGGCCUAUGAUUGCUGUGAGGAUGAAUUUGCUUACGAGGAAGACGCUGGGGGGAAUCGAGACGGAUCUUGAUUCAAGGGUUGUGAAGCCCGAUGGCGAGAGGUAUGCUGGAUUAUACGCGGCCGGCGAGGCGGCCGGUUUUGGGGGUGGAGGGGUCCAUGGGUACUCGUCUCUAGAGGGCACGUUCUUGGGAGGCUGUAUUUUCUCGGGAAGGGCGGCUGGUAUUGCCAUGGCGAGGGAGGUUCUGGGUGAGAAGGAGGAUGAGAGCGCGAGGGCGAGUUUGUAGGUGAGAUGUGGACUGAUGAACAUGCGACUCCUGUGGAUGAUGAAUACGAUGUGAAUAUUCUGGCUAUCUUAGACAUUUUGGAUGUGGAUAGCAUUGCUACCGAACACUUUCCCUCACUCAAGUACGAUGUAGCAUGUAAGCCCGGCCUCACGGAUUGAAUCAAACUUCUGCAUACGUAU